GAAGCGGAAGUCUCCUGCAGGCGGAGUGCUGGAGAGCGGAGGCAGCGGCGGCGGCAGCAGUAGCGAUUCAUCCACAAGAGGCUUGGCUACAGGGGGAAGAUGCUGAUCAAAGUGAAGACGCUGACAGGAAAGGAAAUUGAGAUCGACAUUGAACCCACAGACAAGGUGGAACGGAUCAAAGAGCGGGUAGAAGAGAAAGAAGGAAUUCCUCCACAGCAGCAGCGACUCAUCUACAGUGGCAAACAGAUGAACGACGAGAAGACAGCUGCUGAUUACAAGAUCCAAGGGGGCUCAGUCCUCCAUUUGGUGUUGGCUCUUCGUGGGGGAGGUGGCCUUGGGCGGUGAUGGACCUCCCUUUACUUUAUCCCCUUACCCCAUCACUUAUAAUGAUGCGCCAUACACCCUUCCACUUCCUGGAACAACAGAACCACCACCUCCUCCCCAGGACAGAUGCCCAGGUGUUUCUGUCUGUUGCUGGGAGGUCUGUGAGGACCCCAGAGUCCAGCCCUCUGGGCCUGCAGGGCCCUUUGCUAGCUGUUGGUUUUUAGUUUGUGGUCUCGCCUGCCCCUUCCCUCAUGGCUGUGUCCUGGUUGUUAAUAAAGACUUUUCCCAGCCUC